GCUUCACGUGCCAUGGCGGAGGGGACAGCGGCGGGAUCCCCGGACGAGGCGUGGAAGAGUUGGAGGAACUCCCCGACUCGACCGCAGGAAUUGGCUGAGCCGAGCGAGGGAUCUUCUCUUCAUGCCAAUCACUCCGACCAGAGCUUCAGUGACAGUGGCUUUGACCAGUUCUUUGCAGAUAGCAUAGUCAAGGGAGGAGUUGUUUCACGUACCAACAGCAUCAACUCCAACACGGGCUCCAACAGUGCUUCCUCCGUUCCCAACACAGAUGAUGAAGACAGCGACUACAGGCAAGAGCUGACGUACAAAGACCGCCGGCGUCAAGCUCACACCCAGGCUGAGCAAAAGCGACGGGAUGCCAUUAAGAAAGGCUAUGAAGAUCUGCAGGCCAUUGUGCCCACCUGUACGCAGCAGGACCUCAUUGGCUCCCAGAAAAUGAGUAAAGCCACUGUGCUCCAGCGUUCCAUCGAUUACAUACAUUUCCUCCACAAGGAGAAGAAGAAGCAGGAGGAGGAGUUGUCAACUCUGCGGAAAGAAGUUCUUGCCCUAAAAAUCAUGAAAUCGAACUACGAGCAGAUUGUGCGUGCCCACCAGAGCAAUCCACAGCAGGGCCAGGAGCAGGUGUCAGAUGAAGUGAAGUUCAGCAUCUUCCAGGGUAUCAUGGAUACUCUGUUCCAGUCCUUCAAUGCCUCCAUUGCAGUGUCCAGCUUCCAGGAGCUGUCUGCCUGUGUCUUCAGUUGGUUGGAGGAGCACUGCAAGCCACAGACCCUGCGGGAGAUCGUCCUCGGGGUGCUAAGGCAGCUCAACCCCCAGCACUACUGAUGUCCCCGUAGAUGAUGCUGGGGCUGGGCCCACACUGCCACCAUUUGAUCACUCUGGACUAUAUACACAAAGCGUAGCGAGUGGCACCCUUCAACUGUGCUGCUUACUUUUAUUAAUAAGCUGCAAAACUUGCAUGUGAUUUAAAGGGAAACAUCUCUACUUGCCUAAGUGUUUUCUACUGGGAAUGUGAAUUGUAUUUUUUUAUGUUUAUCCUUUCAACAGUUUAUCUGCAACUGAAUUGUGUUUGACUUUCUGUUUUAACUGUUUAUGUAUUGUGGAAAACAGCCAAAUUUGUGCCUUAUACAUGUGUAAACCUGCCUCAUGCACUACGCUACACCAUCUAUAUUCUUGCAAAAACUUUACUAUAACUGUAUCUACUUUUGAGACUUGCAAAUGAAAUAACAUUUAUUUAUGUGUUAUACACAUUCACCUGAUGUGUGCAUGUGGAAUGAAAGAUAUUUUCCAUUA